AUGACCUCCGAGGGCGGGCCGCCGCCGGCCCCGCUCCGCCGCGCCCGCAGCCCGGGCCCCGGCGCGCUCCAGGCCGCCCUGAUGAGCCCGCCGCCCGCCGCCGCCGCGGCCGCCGCCGCCCUGGAGGCCGCCUCGUCUUCGUCGUCGUCCGCCUCCUCCUCCGGCGCGGCCGGCGCGGCCCCGAACGCCUGCAAGAGCGCGGGCGGCGGCGGGGGCGCGGGCGGCAGCGGCGCGGGCGCCAAGAAGGCGAGCUCGGGGCUGCGGCGGCCCGAGAAGCCGCCCUACUCGUACAUCGCGCUCAUCGUCAUGGCCAUCCAGAGCUCGCCCGCCAAGCGCCUGACGCUCAGCGAGAUCUACCAGUUCCUGCAGGCGCGCUUCCCCUUCUUCCGCGGCGCCUACCAGGGCUGGAAGAACUCCGUGCGCCACAACCUCUCGCUCAAUGAGUGCUUCAUCAAGCUGCCCAAGGGCCUCGGGCGGCCGGGCAAGGGCCACUACUGGACCAUCGACCCGGCCAGCGAGUUCAUGUUCGAGGAGGGCUCGUUCCGCCGCCGGCCGCGCGGCUUCAGGCGGAAGUGCCAGGCGCUCAAGCCCAUGUACCACCGCGUGGUGAGCGGCCUGGGCUUCGGGGCCUCGCUGCUGCCGCAGGGCUUCGACUUCCAGGCGCCCCCAUCGGCGCCGCUCGGCUGCCACGGGCAGGGCGGCUACGGCGGCCUCGACAUGAUGCCCGCGGGCUACGACGCGGGCGCCGGCGCCCCGGGCCACGCGCACCCGCAUCACCACCACCACCACCACGUCCCGCACAUGUCGCCCAACCCGGGCUCCACCUACAUGGCCAGCUGCCCGGUGCCCGCCGGGCCGGGGGGCGUCGGCGCGGCCGGGGGCGGCGGCGGCGGCGGCGGCGGCGGGGACUACGGCCCGGACAGCAGCAGCAGCCCCGUGCCCUCGUCCCCGGCCGUGGCGAGCGCCAUCGAGUGCCACUCGCCCUACACCAGCCCCGCGGCGCACUGGAGCUCGCCCGGCGCCUCGCCUUACCUCAAGCAGCCGCCCGCCCUGACGCCGGGCGGCACCCCCGCGGCCCCGGCCGGCCUGCACACCAGCAUGUCCACCUACUCGCUGGAGCAGAGCUACCUGCACCAGAACGCCCGCGAGGACCUCCCAGUGGGGCUGCCCCGAUACCAGCACCACUCCACGCCCGUGUGCGACAGGAAGGACUUCGUCCUCAGCUUCAACAGCGUCUCCUCCUUCCACCCCUCGGCCAGCGGCCCCUACUACCAUCACCACCACCACCAGAGCGUCUGCCAGGACAUUAAGCCCUGUGUCAUGUGAGCGGAGGGAGGGGCCGGGCCAGGCCCUGUCGCCCCUGGGGCGAGGCUGAGGUGGACUCCCAGAGCAGCGUGGCUGCACGUAGCACAUCGCUCACUUAGCCAGAGUCCCCAGGCCAGGCAGGCAUCCUGCACUGAUGUUUGUCUGCCGUUGGCAGAAGGACAGCCCCAAGGUAAUGCCCCGAAUUCGUGCAGGCUCCCAGAGAAGGGAGAACUGCGCUCCUCGGCCGAGAUGGUGAGGACUCACCAUGCGGAAAACACAAGCAUGGAACUCUGGGGGUUCCCUUGCCUUCAGUAAUCAGGGUCUGAAACACGCAGAGGGGCUGUGUGUGUGUGUUUCUUUGUCUAUGGAAAAUGUGUGUGCUUUUCUGAAAGGCAGUGCCGAGCACAGGAUUUCAAGAAAGCCUCACCUUGUUGCCUGGCUCAGUGGGAGAGCUGUGUUUUACCAAACGCUACCUUUGGAUACAGGUGCCAAAGAACAUGAUCAAGGAAGUAUUUAGCAACAACGUGUCUAGUUUAAGAACGUGGUCUUCAGUAUUGUGACAAUACAACGUUUUUUACAAGGUUGUUUUCUACCAUCAUAGUUUAAAGAUAUUUUUAUGACCUUCGUGUAUACUCACACUUUGCUUGUAUUUUAAAAGGAGGAUAUAUUUGCACUUACGUAUACUUUUACAGUUUGCCAAACUAUUUUGAUGUAAAAUUUUUUCAAUAAAA